CAACGCUUUACGUCUUACGCUUUACUUCGACUCCCGUGCGCUCCAGGAGCCUGGUUUUAUCCUUCCGAAAAUCCCUACCGAAUUCGAUCUUCCGCAGCGAAGCUUCAGUAUCAACCGUCAACAUGCUUAUGAAGACUGCUCUCACUGCCCUCUUGGGCUUGGCCAUGGUCGCCGACGCAGCCAUUAUUCCCAACACCGACUCCUCGUCACUCGAGCGAAGGGAAGGCAACAAAUUCAACAAGAACCGUGCCCAGGGGCAGUUUAAUGGUCAAAGGGGCGGCAACCGCAACUCUGGUGGAAAUGGUGGCAACAAUGCUAAGGCCGGUACUCAGAACGGGAAUGCCAACAAGGGAGGCACCAAUACCUGUCUCGCUGCGGGCGCCAUUCAGACGGGUUCUGCAUCAACGGGUCAGAGCGGUAGUGCGGCGGCGGAUGGCCAGGUCAACUCCAAGACCGAUAAUGCCAACUUCAUCAACUUCUGUAAUGGCCAGACCUUGACGAACGGUCUACAAAUCAAGACUGGUUCCUGCAACGGCAUUCCCAUGGGCAAGAUUCCUUCCACCGACAAGAUGAUUUCCACCGUCGUCCUCAACCCCAAGAACAACGACAAUCUCCAGGCCGGCAAGACCUUCACCGUCAAGGUCAAAUUAAGUAACAUCGCGCUGGGUUCCUUUACCAACGCUACCAGCACUUACUACUCAGCUCCUCAGGAUCUCGACGGCUCUGGUAAGGUUAUUGGUCACACCCACGUCACUGUUCAGAACACGGGCAACACAUUGAACCCCACAGAACCGCUCGAUGCCACGCAGUUCGUCUUCUUCAAGGGUAUCAACGAUGCCGGCGACGGACAGGGUACUCUGUCGACCGACGUGACGGGAGGUCUCCCCGCGGGCAACUAUCGUAUCUGCACCAUGACCUCGGCGGCCAACCACCAGCCUGUUCUCAUGCCUGUUGCGCAGAGAGGUUCCCAGGAGGAUUGCCGGUACUUUACCGUUUCCAACAACGGCGGCGGCGGCGGCAACAACGGCGGUAACAACAACGACGCCAGCAACAAAAACAAUGCCGGUAACAACAACAAGAACACGGGCAAAAACAAAGCCGCCACCGGCCAAGCCAUCGCCGGCAUCUCCGCUCCCGCCGUCACCAACUCGGGCAACGCCAGCCGUCCCUUCGCCGUCAACGGAAACACCUUUGUCAACAAGGCCGCCGCCGUCCAGCGCGCCUGCGCGAUCCAGAACAACGCUUGCUCGGAUGCCGUCAACAGCGGUAAGGCAUCCGGUGUCACGAUUCAGCAGUGUAACGCUCAGGAAACUGCUUGCAGGGCUGCUGGUGGUGCUUAAAGUGCGCAAGUGUCCAAGUGCUCUCAAGUGCUGUCAAGCAGGAUGACCUAUGGACCAAGCUACAUCACCGAAGCGA